AUGAGCCAGCUAAUGUCGCUAGUGGAAGAUACCAUGAAGGCAAGCAAGAAGGAGGAGCCAGCUGGCACCAUGGAGGGUGCCGCUGAUCGCGGCGAUGCUAGGGAGAGCGCCGCCGCGGAGUCCACGAACGCAGAAGGAGGGGCACCGUGGACCGGGAGUGCGCAGGACGGGAGGUACCUGCGCGAACCUGUUCGAGAGUCUGGCCCGGGCGCCACAGCGGCGAAGCAGGGGGCUUUGUCCCCCGAGAGGGCAAAGGAAAAGGGGCUAAGGGCGCAGAGCAAGCGUGCUUCGCCGACGGCGAGGGCCGCAGGGAGCGGUACUCAAGUAGACGUCAGGGGCAAGGUCGUGGUCGUGGUCGUGGCCGCGGCCGUGGCGGCGGAGGCGGUCGCGGCGGCGGCGGCGGCGGUCGCGGUGGCCGCUCAGGCGGAUCCGGAGGAGUCGACGAGAGCAAGGGAAGCAGCAGUGGAGGCGCCGAUGGCGGCGGUGGCGGGGACUUUAAGUUCCCGGGCCGGUGCUUUAUGUGUGGACAUCGUGGACAUCAAACGAUCGGCUGCACUUCCAACGAGAAGGACCCCGUGCCGUGGUGUGCGCGCUGCGAGAGGUGGGGCCACACCAAAGAAUAGUGCGCGACGGAGGAGGCCGUCCUUGCUCAAAUGGUAGAGCAUUAGAGCGACGUGGACUCCGUGGAAGACCAGGCGUUUUGUGCCGUGGCAGUCCCCCAGGCGAGUGUGGUACCGUUGGUGAAGUAGGUCUAGUGGGGGUUGUGGAACAAGGCCAGGCGGUGUACGUGGCCGACACAGCGGGCACAUGUUCCAUGUUCCGAUGUGCAGACAACUUCGUGAACUACCGUGAGCGAAGCGGUUGGGUGAAGGGGAUCGGAGGCGACAAGGCCCCCGUUCCUCUUCUAGGAUACGGAGAUGUGACCUUAGUCCUACAGACGGAAGAUGGUGGAGUACCCGUACCAGUACUGAAUGUUGGCCAUGUACCAGAGGCCCCCUACAACCUCCUCUCGCUGUCUUCGUUGGCGGAGGAGGGCACACGUAUUCGGGGAUGAAGGGGGGCCUCACGCUGACCACGAAAGCCGGGGGAGAGGUGUGGUUCCCCCGGACUGGAACGCUGCUGACCCAACGAGGCUAUCAAAUAAAGCCAACGCUACACACCGCCCGUGCCGCACUCAUUGUUCCUGGCGAUGCGAAAGCAGCC